UUACCUCUGAACCUGUUGUAUGAGGGACCUUGUCAAUUAAUAUGGUUUCCAAUGCAGGGUGACCUGGACCCCCUGGCCUCAGUGAGGACACUGACCCUCCUCAGCUUGUUAAGGAAUCCAGUAACCAACAAGAAGCAUUACAGGCUCUAUGUCAUCAACAAAAUCCCACAGAUCCGUGUGCUAGACUUCCAGAAGGUAAAGCUAAAGGAACGUCAGGAGGCAGAGAAAAUGUUCAAGGGCAAACGAGGUGCUCAACUUGCAAAGGAUAUUGCCAAGCGAACCAAAACGUUCACUCCUGGAGGGGCCGCACAGCCGGAGAAGAAGAGGAGCGGGCCGUCUCAGGCUGACGUGGAAGCCAUCAAGAAUGCCAUCGCUAAUGCGUCCUCAUUGGCUGAGGUGGAGAGGCUGAAAGGGAUGCUGCAGGCCGGUCAGAUACCAGGACGAGAUCCCAGACAAGCUGGGACGGUGGAGGAGGAGGAGGAGGAGGAGCAAGAACAAGAACAACAAGAAGAAGAAGAACAAGAACAAGAGGGUGAAACGGCACAGAUGGAGUCACACAUGGGAGGAGGUUCUGGAGAAGAGAUCAAUGACGGCGAGGACGAGGAGGACAUGGAGGAAGAGCCUCAGGUUAAUGGCUCCUGAGCACGUUUUUUUGUUUUUGUUUUUUGUAGAUUUUCACGAGUUGGACAUGCAUCACUGCAGUUUUAUUAUACAGACAUAUUAAACUGAUUGCUUGUAUUGAUGUGUGGAACCAUUUUCUUUAAGCAGUUAGCUGACAAACACCAUUUAAUGCAUAUUGAGCCCUUUUAAAGAGGACAUGUUCUGAUAAUUUUCAGGUUUCAUAAUUGUGUAUUUUGCCUCUACUGUGACAUGCUUUGAUGGUCAACACAAAAGACAAAACUAAGCAAAAGUGGCGAUGUUGAAUCUAAAUGAUAAAUGCAUGGAAAAGCAUAUAAACAAACAAGAUCUAAUGCAUGCAACUAAAACCAAAAUUGUACUUCUACAUUUAUUAAAGGGCCACAGCCGCACAUAAAUGUU